AUGGACAAGGGCAUCGAUGAAAGAUUAUUAAAAUUCAUUUUUGAGAGAAGGUUGGGUGUCGAAAAUGUGUUGAAUCCUAUUAAACUUCAUUCAUAUUUUUGGAAACAUAGUUCUUCCAUUCUCGCCGAAUUGGCUUUGGCUAAAAUGAUCCCUGACAUCAUCAUACAAAUUGAGGGAGAAAAUGAUGAGGAUAACUUAUUAUCCGAUGUUGGUUUUGAGAAAUAUCUUGUUGAAAAGGUCAUACAAGAUCUUUUAUAUAGGAUCACCACCACGAAGGAUCGAGAGAGAUUAAAGAAUAAGUUCAUACUUGAAAAAUGGCAAUAUGAAGUGACCAAAGUGUUAUCAUUAUGUGAAAAGAUCAACGUGACUUCUAAAUUAUAUUCAUUACGAUUACUUCGAAUUUGUAAUGAUAUCUUGAUAACCAAAUCCAUCCCAUUAGAAAAUAUUAAACAGAUUAUUAAUUACGCUCAACACCAAAAGAUUGCUUCUUCUGACAUUGAAUUACAGGAGCUUGCAUACACAUUAUUUUAUCAUAGUAAUAAUCAAACUCAAUUUGACCAAAUCUUCCAACAAUAUAAUGACAAGUCGCCAAAUCUAUCAAACAAAUUAUUAUUAUUUGGAAUCGUAAUGUCCAAAUUCCAUUCGAUUAGAGCUUCAAGGGAAUGGAAUCAGAAUGAGAGAGUCAUUUCCCAACAAUUUAGUAAUCGACUUGUUAAUUUAACCACCAUCCCAGAGAAGGUUAAGGCGACCAUUCUAAAUGUUUUAGCGAACACGCAAUCAUUAUUAAAAAUUAAUCAAGGAAUUUCAAAUGAUGAAUUAUUAAUGAAAUCGGUUUUGACUCAUAUAAUUGGAUUACAUACACUGCUUGAGCCGCAAGCCACCCCAUUAUCCAUGUAUAUGCAUAGAAUUGGAGAUGCUCAAAAUACUUUUGUGUUAACAUGUCAAUCGGAUAUUGAAACAGAAAGUGAAAAAGAAACUCAUAGACUAGUUGAUUAUAUGACUGAUAUGUCUCUUAACCUUUGGCCUAGUAAUAAUGAUAUAGAAGAGAUUUUGAAUCAGUUGUUUCCUCAUAAUCUUUUAGUAUCCAAUUCUUUAGCAUCUUAUGAAUACGUUUUACAGAAAAAGAAAUCCAUGGGUAUUAAUAGUAAUAAACCUAUUAUGAUAAAUACCUUUAAUUCACAAACAAUCACUUCUUCUAACUUGAAUACUUUAUCAAGUCCAACUCAAUCAAUUCAUUCUUCAAGAAAAGGAAAAAAAGUUGAUAGAA